AUGUCUUCGGGCCCCGUUCGUGUCGCUGUCACCCAAGCCGAGCCGGCAUGGCUGGACUUGACCGCUGGUGUCACUAAAACCUGCGAAUUAAUCGCAGAAGCGGCGCAGAAUAAGGCACAGCUCAUCGCUUUUCCUGAAUGCUGGAUUCCUGGUUAUCCAUGCUGGAUCUGGAGCCGUUUGCUUGACGUUGAAAUGAACGUCGCAUAUAUCAAGAACUCACUUCGUCUCGACUCUCCGGAGAUGAUGCAAAUCCAGUCAUGUGCAAAGACUCACGCAAUCGCUGUCUCGUUGGGAUUUUCAGAAAACGACAACAACUCCAUCUACAUUGCCCAAGUGUGCAUUGGGCCUGAUGGAGAGAUCAAAUCUCACCGCCGUAAAAUGAAGCCCACUCAUAUGGAGCGUACUAUCUUUGGUGAUGCGUCUGGAGAAUGUUUCUCUAGCGUUGCGGAGCUUCCGUUUGGUCGAGUUGGACACUUGUCUUGCUGGGAACAUAUCCAGCCGCUGCUAAAGUAUUUCACAUUCUCUCAGAAGGAAGAUAUUCAUGUCUCCGCAUGGCCUAGUCUUACACCUCAUUCUGGGAAGAGUGAUCUCUGGUCCAUGUCCGCUGAAGGCUGCCACAGUCUUUCCCAGACUUAUGCGGUAGAGUCACAGGCUUUUGUCUUGCAUUGCACGGCUUUGAUUACCGAAAAGGGUGUGGAAGAAAUGGGCACAGGUAGUGGUGCUUUGAUGUCUUCUCCUGGGGGUGGUAGCUCUGCAGUCUUUGGGCCCGAUGGAAGACGGCUGACAGAGCCAGUUGAUAGUACGACGGAGACUAUCAUCUUCGCAGAUUUGGACAUGGACCAGAUAAUUGCUACUAAAUUGUUCGCCGAUGCCACCGGGCAUUAUAGUCGCCCUGAUCUCAUGACACUCAAUGUCACGAAAAAGGUCAAGAAGAUGGUUCAAUCUGAUGGCGAGCCUGUGAUUGUAAAAGCUAUGGAGGAGGCUUAA